AUGGGUAGAAGUCAAUCAACGCCAGGUUUGGUCGAAUCUCGAGGCAAGGUAGCCCUAGAAGACAUGUGGGUCCCUCCUUCGAUGCCAGUCUUGACCCCGGCUUAUCCGAGAUCACUGAUAAGCUCGCCGUCUAGGAUACAAACGCCAGACUCGCCUGGAGGAGUAUCGACUAGCAGUGGAAGAAGUGCUAGAAGCCAUCAAGUUACGGGGUCUCACCAAAGAUCAGGCACAACGUUGCAGUGCGACAGCAUGACUCAACUAGUUUCAGCUUCGGGUGCCACAAGUCCUGGACUAGGAUCGCAUGAGGUCCUUGAAUUAGAAAUAAAGCGCUUGAGAGAGCGGCUACAAACUGUGGAGUCCGAAAAUGUUGCGAUGAGCGUAAAACUGAGUCAACAACAAUGGGAGCUUGAAAAUAGAUUGGCUGAGAUUGAAAUGCAAAUAUGUGGAUCUAGAACUUCUGAUACUCACAUAGUGGUUAUCAUGUUAGCGAAUAUGGAACACCUGCAAGCAAGAGUAGAAGUUUGGAUGGAUCUUGGAGCUGGAAAUGCACGCCAAUUCAUCGACGUAUCCGCUCUCUACAAGAAAUUAGGCCCAAAAAUUUCGAAGGCACUUCCAGCUUUGCAUGCGUUCACUGGUUGCGAUUUCAACCCAGCAUUGUACCGACGAGGGAAAAAGAAACCUUUGCAAUUUCUGAUGAAUUCAGAAAUUUUCCAAGAAGCAUUUCUGGAUUUGGGAUCAAAGGAGCAUAAUGUGCAGGAUUCUUUUAACAUCAUACAGUCUUUUACUUGCCACUUGUCAGAUUAG